AGAAGAUAAAACAGCCUCAUUAAGUAAAGUAAUCAUAAUCCUAAUCAUCAUCAUCUCUCUCUCUACUUUCUCUCCCUCUCUCUCCAUCUACUUCUCCAGAAAUCGCUUCUUCAAUCUGCAUUAUCAGGAUCUCCAGCCUUCUACUUUUUACACCUGAGUGGAAGCAAGCUUCAUGGGUGAUGGUCCUAGAGGAGUAGACGUUUUUCCAGAUCACUUCCCGCAUUCAACUUCGAGUGUAGAAACCCCGCAAACGACAAGUUCUUCAAUUUCACAUUCAAAAAUCAAUAUUGAGCAUAGCUCAAACAGCAGAUUGUGGGCUAAAAGAAGAUUAAGAACUGCUUCUUCCAUGUUGAAUCUUUUCAAUCUACGCAGACUAACUUGGGGAACAGACACAAAUGAUAAGCAAAAGGUUAUAUUAUCUGCUCCAGAAGUUGAAUCACUUCGAUCAGAACUUGCUGACAUGGAGGAAAAAGAAGCUCAUCUGAAAGCUCGGUUGGAACAUAUUGAUGAAACUUUGCGUUCUGCUCGUCUCUCAGGCUAUCUACAAAUGCGAACUAGAUGGACAGCUUUACCUGGAGAACCACUUCCUCUUGAUGAUACAGAAGUUGAUGAUUGGCUUCCACGUUUUGUUGUUCUUCUAGGACCAUGCAUCUUCUUGUAUUUCAUGUCUACAGACAUAAGUCCUCAAGACUCCACCCUUUUGUCUGAUGUUGUGGAAGUAGGGAGGAUGCCACGUCAUCCUGAAGAAGAGGGAGAAAAAACUCGGUAUUAUUUUUAUAUAGUUACCCGCCAAGGAUUGAGAUAUGAAUGCUCAAGCACUUCAAAAUUACAGGUGGAUGCUUGGUUGACGACAUUGCAAGAUGAAUGCAAAUUGGGAUCGGAGUCAACCACUGUUGAUGAUUCACUGGAUUCGUGACAUUGACAAGUGUCGAUGUAAGGGUCAGGUGUACAUAGUUGGUGGUUGUUGGAUUGACUGUGGUACGUUGUGUUUGUCUAUUUGUACAUACAAAAUGUAUCCUCUUGGUUAAAUUUCUUUAAUUUUACGAUUUUAGCUAGCAAAUUAUGCGUUUAUAGUUUAUAAUUUGUAAGAUGUUAUCCAAUUAAUAUACAGUAGUUAUCUAUUUAUAAUUGAUGUAUAUUUAUAGAAAUAAAUAAUAAUUUUAAG